GAGGAUCGAUUCAUCGGAGGCGCAAAUUCAAAUCUCAAGUACCAACGGUCAAAACCUUUCGAUCAGGUCUUGCAUCUUUAGUGUGAUACUUAUUUUUAAUUGUAAUUAUUUAGAUGGAGGUAUCUUUAAAUAGUACCCCAUCAAAAUUUAAUGAUCUGCAAGAUGACAGUGGUUUUAUAUCAAUGGAGUCAUCUAAAAGUGAUGUUGUUUUAUUCUUAGGUGCAAAUGAUGAUAUUCCUUCAAUUAGAUUGACUAUUUGUGAAGAUUUACCUUCAAGGGUGAAUAUCAGUGCAACAGAUACUUUUGAUGAACCAAGCUGCUCAUCCACUCAUCUUUCGCCAAUUCCCACCAAAAAAAGUUUUAAACCAUUUUCAUCUACACCUCGUCCGCCAUAUCAUCCUGUUCCUGACCAGAUUGAUCUUCUCUCAGGAUUGAGUCAAUCAUUUCCUCAUGUUAUUGCACAAAUUUUGGACUUUCUUGAACCAGAGGAUCUUUGUGUACUAAGUUGCGUUAGUCAAACUUGUAAAAAAAUUGUUUUAGAUGAUCCUAGUAGUAGAAGUAGAAAAGAAAAGUAUUUAAUUGCCUUGAAUGAAUUAAAGCAAGAAGUCGGCCAGGAAAAUUGGCCAAUCAAAAAGACUACACAUGAUGAUAAAAGUGAGUCAAGAGGAGUUUUAAGUGAAGUCAAAAAUACUCAAGGAAUGCCGAAUAGAUGUGAACCUUCCACAGUUGAAAGUGAGCUUAUACCAAAAACAAGUGCAAAUAUCGAACCGAUUCCUCCAGAAAGAACUAAAAGGCGUCGGAUAGAACCACCUGAGAAUGGUACUCAAUCUUCAAUACCAAAGAAUGCAAAAAGUAAACGCACUUGUGAUGAUAAAGAUGAUGAUCAGGAUUCUGGUAUAUUUGAAGCGACAACUAGUAAAGGCAAAACAAAAAGCAGAAAGUGUGAACCAACUGCUGGUAGUAAAGCAAGCAAACGUCACUUGAAAAGACUCUGAUUAAUUUUUGCGCCAGUUUAUCGACAAGUAAAUUGGUUUGUAAUUAUGCUCAUUUUUCUCUCCACGGAUACUCAUUGAUUCCCUGCCAAUGGCUUCUUGGUUGUUAUCCAAGCUUGCAAUAAGAAGCUCUUUUUUUACUUGUGUACUUAUUCGAGAGAGAAUCAAAAUUUGUAAGCCUGUUAAAUCACUCAUUUGUGAUUGACAUUUUACCAUGUAUUUUGCAUGGGCGACCAAAGGGUCGAACUCAUAAACAGUGUAAUCACAUCCAAAUUUUAAACCACAUGUGAUGUAAUGACCUCUUUUCCAAAGAUCUUGAUAAAUACUGUACAACAAGA